UGCUGCUCUCCUUUCGUCAGUGUUGUCAUUAUCUGCUUUACUACUGGGGGGCCCCGGCAGUGUCCUGCACCCCCCCAGAACGGUUGCUGUGUCCCUGCUCUCUCUGCACCCCCUUCAUCUCUCUGGCCACCAUGGGGGUCCCAGCACUGGGGUGUCACUGGGCCAAGAACUUGUGUCUCCUCCCCCCGCAGUCCGUGGGCUCCGUCUAUAGCGGCCUGAUGCAGGGAGUGGGGGCCGCUGAGAAGGUGUUUGAGUUCAUUGACCGGCAGCCAACCAUGGUGCAUGAUGGGAACUUGGCCCCUGACCGCCUGGAGGGCCGGGUGGACUUUGAGAACGUGACCUUCACCUACCGCACUCGGCCCCACACCCAAGUCCUACAGAAUGUCUCCUUCAGCCUGUCCCCAGGAAAGGUGACCGCACUUGUGGGACCCUCGGGCAGUGGGAAGAGUUCCUGCGUCAACAUCCUGGAGAACUUCUACCCCCUGGAGGGGGGCUGCGUGCUGCUGGACGGGAAGCCCAUCGGCGCCUAUGACCACAAGUACCUGCACCGCGUGAUCUCCCUGGUGAGCCAGGAGCCAGUGCUCUUCGCCCGCUCCAUCACAGACAACAUCUCCUACGGCCUGCCCACCGUGCCCUUCGAGAUGGUGGUGGAGGCCGCACAGAAGGCGAACGCCCACGGCUUCAUCAUGGAGCUCCAGGACGGCUACAACACAGAGACUGGGGAGAAGGGUGCCCAGCUGUCGGGCGGCCAGAAGCAGCGGGUGGCCAUGGCUCGGGCUCUGGUGCGGAACCCACCCGUCCUCAUCUUGGACGAAGCCACCAGCGCUCUGGAUGCAGAGAGCGAGUACCUGAUCCAGCAGGCCAUCCACGGCAACCUGCAGAAGCACACGGUGCUCAUCAUCGCGCACCGCCUGAGCACGGUGGAGCGCGCGCACCUCAUCGUGGUGCUGGACAAGGGCCGCGUCGUGCAGCAGGGCACGCACCAGCAGCUGCUGGCCCAGGGCGGCCUCUACGGCAAGCUGGUGCAGCGGCAGAUGCUGGGGCUCGAGCCCGCCGCGGACUACGCGGCCGGCCACAAGGAGCCGCCGGGCAGUGGCGGUCACAAGGCCUGACCGCGGGCCCGGCCUCUCACGGUGGGGCCGAGGCCCCGGCGCCCGCCUGGCAGAUGUACCCACGGGGGUCCCCCCCCCACCCGCUGCCCUCUGAGCCCAGGCCCACGGCGCUGGAGGGCAGCCUGCCAUGUCCCGCGUGUCACUGCUUCCUGCAUCGUGCCCCUGCGUCCCGCCCCGUCCUCCGGGCCACCACCAGCCCCCCCUGCCCCCCUUCCCCGCUGCCAUGAGCCGCCGCCUCCAGUCGGGCAGCGGAGACGCCCCUGGUCUCUCCAGCUGGCCUCCCAAGGCUUCUAAGAGAAGGUAGAGCUACCUUUUCAAGCCAAGGUCUUACCAGGUUUUUUACUGCUUGGUUCGAUGGGCCCCAGUCAACUCCCAGAUUUCAAAACCUUUUUUUUUUUUUAAUUGGGAGUAAUGAUGGGCAAGGUCACUGAGAUGCUCUAGAAACUUCUGAGCCAGAAGUAAACGAUCCUUCCUAAUAGCCUAGGGGAUGCCAGGGGAGAACUAGGCCUCUACCCUUUGCCCCUCGAGAGAAGGGGCUUUCCUGUCCCAGAAGGGGGACACAGAGGAGGGGACUUCCUCUCUCUUCCCAGCUUCGUGAGUCAGGCCAAGGGUCGGCAGGGAGAGUGGAAAGCGCCCGUCUGCCCGUGGUCCCUGCUGCCCUGCCAAAUCUAAGCCAGUCUCACUGUGAACCACUACUAACCUUAACUGGGGGAGUGAGGGGCUGGCCAGGCCUGGCAGAGCCUCAGGGUGUCCCCAGCCCUGCACCCAGCUUGAGCCCCUCAGGCCCGCCUUCAUCCCCUGCUCCCAUCACCCCCCCUCCAGCCGGCAGCCCCCCCCUCCCCACAUCCACCCCUGCCGCUCUGCUCUUCGGAGGCCCAGAAGCCCUUCAGAUGUUGGAUGUUUGAGAGACACAUUCUCUUCCCUGUCUGGUGGACAGGACGGCAGCAAAGCUCAGGCCCUGGCUUUGCAGGGGGGUGGGGUGGGAGGGGCAUUGCAAGAUGUUGGAAGAACCCGGUCAAUAAAGUGUACUACCUCUGA